AUCUUACCCCUUUUGGGAAAAGUUAUUCGCCGAAUAUACAGAAGAUACACCAUCAGAUAUUAAAGUUUGUAAAAUUCAUCAAAAUUGCAAUAAAAACAAUAAACAAAACAACUUUCUGCUGCGCGUUCAUAUCGUCGCAGUGAUUGCAAUACAGUAAACAAAUAAAAAACCGGCAAAAUUUACUCCCACAGACGUUUUCGCAGAUUAUUGAUUAUGACGCUGGUGGGGUUGGCGGCCAGAAAACUCUCCAUUAAAAAGAGAAAUGCCAAGCUAGCGGCAGCUUUUCCAAAUGGUGUACGCUGUCAGAAGUGUUUGGAAUUUGGCCAUUGGUCCUAUGAGUGCAAGGAGAAGCGUAAAUAUGUACAUCGCACAUCACGGACGAAGCAAUUGAAAAAGAAAUUGCAUGAAAAGACGACAGAGAUCCAGGCCAAUGGUGUAGUCUCAACAACGGAAGUAACCGUCACGAAAAAGAAAGAUAAACAAAAACGGCGUAAAUCUUCUUCAAGUUCAUCCAGUGAUUCGUCCUCUAGUUCGGACAGUGAAUCUGAUUCUUCGUCAGAUGAUGAAGAUGGCACUGGCUCAUCAAGUUCAGGCUCAUCCAGCGAUUCCAGUUCUUCAUCGGACAGUGAAUCUGAUAGUUCAAGUGACACUGGUGCAUCGGGUAGUUCCAGUUCGGAUAGUUCAUCAAGCAGUUCAGAGGAUGAAGACGAUGAGACAGCGCCACCAAAGAAUAAAAAAUCUAAACAUUCAUCUGACAGUUCUUCUGAGGCAUCAGACGCUGAUGCUGCUGAUCUUUAGGGAAAUCUGCUCGAGAGAGAAGAAGGACUAGAAAGGAUGAAUUUAGAUUGGUAAUGAUGAGUAUACAUAGUUUAGAGAACAAGGGGAGCUUGGUAACAAUGGAAACUAUUCCAGAAACAAAUAUUUGUCGAAGUAAAAAUGGAAUCUAUACGAUUUUUAAUGGAUCCCACAUACCAACCAACAAGCUCUCUUUGCAAUUUAGAAGCUUUAGUAGUUUAGGUUAUUUUGUAAACAUUAUUCUUUAUCAAUUAGAUUUUCUUUUAACAAAAAACAAAAAAAUGAAAAUGUCUAGAUAUGAGAAGUAAUAUUUUCAUCAUCACAAAUAUUAAUUUAAGACCUCCACACAAAACCUCAAAUCCAAUAGUAACCAUAUUCAAUGAAAUAAUUAGGGAAUUAAGAAAUAAAACAUAUAUUUGUACAUGCAACCAUGAAAGCACAUGAAAAUAGUACCUUAUACAUAGAAUCAAUAAAUCAAUCAAUCGGUUUCGCGGCCCGCAAUUCCACACACUCUCCCGGUUCUAAUUUUUAUUUUAAAGAGAAAUGGCAAAACAUUGGGACAGUUUUGAAUUAAGUUUUCAAACUAAGAACAAAUUGAAAAAUUACUAAAAUACUAAUUUAAUUUAUUAUGUACUGGAAUUCUGUUGUUAUUUUAUAGGAUUAUGUAUGAAUUUAGUCUAUAUGAACUUGUAUUUAGAAUUACUAUAUGAAUUAUUGUUAAAUUAUCCUCAAUUUUAGAAACAUCUAUCACACCACACCACAAUAUGCAAAAACCAAAUUUCUUAUUUGGCAUUUUGUUAUAUUCUAAUUUAAUAAAAUGUAUUUUAAUUAAAUAAA